GUUGGUUUACCACAUGGUACGGCGGUAUACUCUCCUGAUGGCUUUUCGUCAAAGACGUAUGUGGACAACGCUCAGAACCGCAGACUUGGACGCGUUGGUUUACCACAUGGUACGGCGGUAUACUCUCCUGGUGGCUUUUCGUCAAAGACGUAUGUGGACAACGCUCAGGACCGCAGCCUUGGACGCGUUGGUUUACCACAUGGUACGGCGGUAUACUCUCCUGUUGGCUUUUCGUCAAAGACGUAUGUGGACAACGCUCAGGACCGCAGCCUUGGAAGAGUAGGAAUAGAACACGGAACAGCUGUUGUGUCUAGAUCUGGUAGGUCAUCUGCAUCUGACAGGGAAUUGAAUGAAAAACUCGACAAGAUGACUGUGUUUUCACCUGAGAUCUUAGACAUGGGCGUAUGUGGACUGGAGGGGUUGAUUUGCCGGAAAUUUUACCCAGAUAAAAACUGCCUGAAGUUUUCCCACUGUUUUCCCACUGUUUUGCCCGAAUUUGGGGGGGGCAAUUGCCCCCCCUGCCCCCCCGGGUCGUACGCCCAUGGCUCAGAUCUACAAGGACAAUCCACUGAAAAGACGACUGGACAGGGUUUAUGUCGAUAACGACUACAACCGCAAACGUAGACGUGUAGGCAAACCACUUGGGUCGGCAUUCAGAAAGAAUAAGAGGUACAGAGAUACGGAAUUGAACCGGCAACUAGGCGGAGUUGGACAGAAGUGGGGAACCUGUCGACAAACCAGACAAGCCACGACUACAGAGCUGCUUGGGGAUCUCAUAGCCUACCUUAAUAUAAAGAAAACGUACGAAUUCCCCGCUGAAGACUAUGGCGUUGCAGACGAGGAUCAAGACGAGGCCAUGGACUACGCCGUCGACCAAUUCAACCAACAGCAGAAGGUGGCACAGUGGCAGGAAGACACAGGCACAAUUUGGCAGCCCAGAACAGACCUGGGUCCGGUGGACAACCACGUCGACCAACUGCAGGAAAUGGCACAGUGGCAGGAAGACACAGGCACAACUCGGCAGCCGAGAACAGAUCUGGGUCUCGUGGACAACCACGUCGACCGACAGCAGGAGGUGGCACAGUGGCAGGAAGACACAGGCACAAGUCUGCAGCCGAGAACAGAUCUGGAUCGCGUGGACAACCACGUCGACCGACAGCAGGAGGUGGCACAGUGGCAGGAAGACACAGGCACAACUCGGCAGCCGAGAACAGAUCUGGAUCGCGUGGACAACCACAUCGAUCGACAGCAGGAGGUGGCACAGUGGCAGGAAGACAAAGGCACAACUCGGCAGCCGAUAACAGAUCUGGGUCUCGUGGACAACCACGUCGACCGACAGCAGGAGGUGGCACAGUGGCAGGAAGACACAGGCACAACUCGGCAGCCGAGAACAGAACUGGAUCGCGUGGAUAACCACGUCUACCGACGGCAGGGCAUGACACAGUUGCAGGAAGACACAGAUAUAACUCGGCAGUCGAGAACAGAUCUGGGCCACAAGGACGACACAAGAGGACAUCUGAUCAGAUACGACGAGCUACAGCUAGGCAAACAGAUAGGACCUGCGUAUCGUGAUGCAUUUUUUUUGUUUUUGUUUUUAUUUUUGUUUUUCGACAUCAGCGUCAAAUGUGGGCACAACGGCACUUGCGAUGGACUCGGAGGGAAUGGAAUAGAGUCAUGUUUAGCGAUGAAUCAAUAG